UGUACGGAUUAUGGGAAAAUCACUGAGAUCGUCUUAAGUUUUACGUCCGUAUCUACAAUAAGAAGUCAACAUCUUGGUUUACAUGACUUGGUCUCUGACCCUGGCUUAGUGAAUCCUAUCAAGUUAUAGAACAUAGGCAGUGGGAAAAGUCGUAGAAUUCGACCGCAUAUCUUUGAGAAAGAAGGCAAAAUGUUUUUCGCGAUAAGGGACGCGUUUUUGUAGGUGAAUUCAACAUUACAAGAGAGGUUGUGGACUCUGGCUAACUGGAUGUCAAGGAACGGAUCUCUUCUGUUGCCCCUGCAGCCAGACGCAUCUCAGCGGGAUGUCUCAAACUCCUCCUUCUUCCCACCACUGGCGGAGUGGGAGGCGCCCACUUUCACGCGGGCCGCCCAGUUCCGCGUGGGCGCCACGCUGGUGCUCUUCCUCUUUGCAGCAGUCAGCAACCUGGCGCUGCUGGCCAGUGUGUUGCAUGGGCGUGGCCGGCGCCUCGCCUCGCACCUGCGCCCUCUCAUUGCUAGCUUGGCGGCUGCGGACCUGAUGAUGACGUUCAUCGUGAUGCCACUGGACAUGGUGUGGAACACCACCGUGCAGUGGUACGGUGGCGAUGGCCUCUGUAAGCUGCUCAGCUUCCUCAAGCUGUUCGCCAUGCAGGCGUCCGCCUCCAUCCUGGUGGUGAUCAGCCUGGACAGGCACCACGCCAUCCUGCACCCUCUCGACUCACUCAACUCGCACCGCCGCAACCGCAGGAUGCUGCUGCUGGCGUGGGGCCUCAGCCUGCUCCUUGCCUCGCCGCAGCUAUUCAUCUUCCGAGCCAUCAAAGCGGAGCGAGCGGACUUCACCCAGUGCGUGACCCACGGGAGUUUCCACGAGCGAUGGCAGGAAACCGUCUACAACAUGUUCCACUUCGUCACACUCUAUGUUAUCCCCCUGCUGGUUAUGAGUUGCUGUUACACCCGUAUCCUCAUCGAGAUCAACCGACAGGAGACCAAAAACAAAGCCGGGGAGUCAUGUCUUCGACGUAGCCGAACAGACAUGAUCCCCAAAGCGCGCAUGAAGACGCUGAAGAUGACCAUCAUCAUCGUCGUGUCGUUUGUCGUAUGCUGGACUCCAUAUUACCUACUGGGCAUCUGGUACUGGUUCCAGCCGGAGAUGCUCAAGGUCACGCCCGAGUACGUGCACCACCUGCUGUUUGUCUUCGGCAACCUGAACACGUGCUGCGACCCCGUCAUCUAUGGGCUGUACACGCCCUCCUUCCGCGCUGACCUCACCCGCUGCUGGGGCUGCCGCCACUCGCGCGACUCACCCCACUCGUUGGACCGCUUGUCCGCCCGGCAGGGGCCCCACAGCGGGGAGCAGGAGUCCGACCCCCCCUGUGUCAAAGGUGUGGAGGGGUAA